CUAAUUCCACUCCAUCUGGGGCUUUCUUUUUUCCCUUUUAUUCUCUUAUUCUCCUUUCUCUUUCUUCUCCUUACGAAAACGACAACCCAAAAUUGCAGAGGUAGCAGUUCAGUCACUCACAGCCUCAGCCUCUCAGGCACAGAGAGACAUGGUGAGGAUAAUACCUAUGGCCGCCUCCUCCGUCCGACCCUCCCUCUCCACCUUCAGGUUCGCCGGAGCUUCCCGCCUCGGCGGCCUCUCCCUCACCGCCUUCGCUCCGCCCCGGAGGCAGCUCGCCUUCUUCCACCUCGGUAGCGCUGUGUCGCAGUCGCAGUCGUUUGGUUUGAAAGCUUCGAGGAUGUUGAGGAGUGAUGGUAAAACCAUGGGGGUGGUGUCUGCUGGUAAUGCAGCACAGGCAAGCACAACAGCUUCACCGGAGAAUGUCCUGGAGUGGGUCAAGCAGGACAAACGGAGGCUUCUCCAUGUUGUAUACCGCGUUGGGGAUUUGGACAGGACCAUAAAGUUCUACACGGAGUGCCUGGGAAUGAAAUUGCUGCGGAAACGUGACAUACCAGAGGAAAGAUAUACAAAUGCUUUUCUUGGAUAUGGGCCGGAGGAUUCCCAUUUUGUCAUCGAACUCACUUACAAUUAUGGGGUUGACAAGUAUGAUAUUGGAACUGCAUUUGGUCAUUUUGGUGUUGCUGUUGAGGAUGUUGCUAAGACUGUGGAACUUGUAAAAGCUAAGGGAGGCAAGGUAACCCGAGAACCUGGUCCAGUGAAAGGUGGAAAUACAGUAAUUGCUUUUGUUGAAGAUCCUGAUGGUUAUAAGUUUGAACUCUUGGAAAGAGGGCCUACACCUGAGCCCUUGUGUCAAAUUAUGCUUCGUGUAGGUGAUCUUGAUCGUUCCAUAGCUUUUUAUGAGAAGGCUUUUGGCAUGGAGCUUCUUCGCAAGAGAGAUAAUCCAGAGUACAAGUAUACUAUCGCAAUGCUUGGUUAUGGCCCUGAAGACAAAAAUGCUGUUCUGGAAUUGACAUACAACUAUGGGGUCACUGAAUACGACAAAGGAAAUGCUUAUGCUCAGAUAGCGGUAGGCACGGAUGAUGUCUAUAAAACUGCUGAAGCAAUUAAACUCUGCGGAGGCAAGAUUACCCGGGAACCUGGGCCAUUACCUGGUCUUAACACAAAGAUCACUGCUUGCUUGGACCCUGAUGGUUGGAAGUCGGUUUUCGUGGAUAAUGUUGAUUUCCUCAAGGAAUUGGAGUGAGUGAGAAAGGCUUACUGGUACCAAGAUUGUGUGAUUGAUGUUGAAAGCUUGGGCUAAAGCUAUUCUCCUACAGAAUGUAUUAAAUCCCCUUUGUAGAUAAAUUUAUAAUUAAAGUUUGAAUAACCAGUGUAACAAAUAUUUAUCACAUAAUUAGUUUUGCAGCCUUAUAGUUUA